AUGGCAAAGUCUAGCUAUCGCCGUGACUAUCUCACCCCUACGCCCCCCAGGCGCAGCUGUAGCUCAAAGAUGAGCGCACACAUGAAGAAGUACUGGCUUUUGCACCUUGUUGUCUUCUGCCUUGGCUUUCUCACCAUUGCUCUCAUCAUGGUUUAUGUUGCGUACCCUGCCAUUGCACAGCACGAUGUCAACGCUUCCACCCUCGCAAUCAGCCGCAUGAUCGUCGCCGAUCCCACCCCAAACUCCGUUGUGCUUAGUCUGGACCAGCAGGUUGGAUCCAAGAGCGCCUUCCACCCUGACAUGGGCGAAUUCAAGGCUGAUAUCGAGCUUAUGGGCGCGCCCUCUCCUUUUGCUAGCAUUGUCGUUCCCCACUUGCAUGUCCGCGAUGAAGUUGCCGCCAACAUUGUGGAGCAGUUUUUGGACCUGUAUAGCACCUAUGAAUUCGCCGAGUACUCAAAGGCUAUUAUGCUUAACGAGGAAGUGACUUUGAUCAUCAAGGGUCGUCCGCACCUGAAGCUAGGUGCUCUGCCCAGCAUCAAAAUCUCAUACCAGAAGACCGUUGUGAUGAAAGGCAAGCUUCACGUGGUUGACUACCACCUGGAUCUGGGCUCCAAGGACGGUAACAACAUGUUUGGACAUGCUUACAUUCCCAACCCCACAGUCAUGACUAUUGCGAUGGGAAACAUUACACUGAACCUCUUCUUGGAAGGUACUUUUAUCGGCAACUCGUACAUGAACAAUAUCGUUCUCAAGCCCGGCAAUAACACCGUUCCAAUGGUGUCCAGCGUGAACGCAAUGCAAAUCCUCGAGUUCAUGGCCAGUACCAAUAACACCUACCACGAUGGUGUCGUUCCCUUCCUCGUGACCGGCAACAGUAGUGUUUACCACGGCGUCGAACUGCCCUACUUCACCGAGGCGCUUCGGGCUAACAACUUGACCAUUCAUCUGAACGUGACCAAAAGCCUAGAUGAGCUAGGUAUUCACCUUUGA